GGACUUCCGUAUUCAGCUGCAUUGUGGGAGCGGGAAAACGUCGCAAAUACUCACGUUGUUCAACGCCGCUUCUUGUAAACGCCAAGGAUUUUCUCAAAGCUGUUCUUUCAAAGCAGAUAAAAGAUGUCUAUUGGUGUCCCUAUCAAAGUUCUGCAUGAAGCCGAGGGUCACAUCGUGACCUGUGAAACAACCACGGGUGAAGUGUACAGAGGGAAACUGAUUGAAGCAGAAGAUAAUAUGAACUGCCAGAUGUCAAACAUUACAGUGACCUAUCGAGAUGGCAGAGUGUCCCAGCUCGAGCAGGUGUACAUACGCGGCAGCAAAAUACGCUUCCUGAUUCUCCCUGACAUGUUGAAAAAUGCCCCUAUGUUGAAGAGCAUGAAAAACAAAAAUCAAGCUGCAGGAGCCGGAAGAGGCAAAGCUGCUAUUCUCAAAGCUCAAGUCGCAGCAAGGGGCCGCGGACGAGGAGGACCGGGAGGAAGAGGAAAUAUUUUCCAGAAGAGACGAUAAUGUGAAUCCUGAUUUAUUGUGUAUAGGUUUUUUUUCUCAUUGAAUGUUUUUUUUUAUUUGGGUGUGUCUUAUCACAUGCUUCUUGAUGGUUUGUUUUUUUUCCUGAGGAGGUUUUGGUUUCUUAUGUAAUAAACUGAGUUGUUUACCUA